GGGUUGCCAAGGGGCCCAGAGAGCCGAGUGCAGGGCUGGCGGCGGCGGCGGCCUCGGUCAUUUGUUCCUCACUGGAGAGUUUGGCCACAGAGAGUCGCCAAGAUAGCUGGGCCAGGAAGAAAACGUCGAACCCCUGACCCAGACUCCAUCACUGACCCCGGUGGAUUCUGGGUGUCAAGUAAGCGGCUCAAGAUGUCCGGAGGGGCUAGUGCCACAGGCCAGCGAAGAUGCCCCCAGGGGCUGGAGGAUGCCACCAACAAGAAGAAGCAGAAGGAUCGUGUGAACCAAGAGAGCAAGGAUGGGGAGCCCAAGAGAGGGCCUGCCCUAGGGUUGAAACCGUAUACCCUUCAAGAGGAGCAAGAAUUCAAGGAAGAACUGCUGCUAGAUUGGAGGCAAAAUGCAGAUGAAGUGAUUGUAAAGCUGCAUGUGGGGUCUGGGCCUUUGCGGAUAGAAGAAGUAAAUGUGGCCUUCACCGAUACAGACUGUGUGGUGCAGUUACCAGAUGGUCGGCAGUGGAGCUGCAUAUUUUAUGAGGAGAUUGAAAGUUCCUGCAGCAAGGUCCAGGCCCGAAAGGGUGGUGUCCUACAGUUGUUAUUGCAUAAGAAGAUUCCACUUCAGACCUGGCCUUCCCUCCUGAAAAAGAAGCCUGUUAGUCAGGACUUGGGACUUGGGGCCCAUUGCAAAGAAAAUGGACAAGAGGUGCCCUCCAGUCUUCUAGAACCGGGAUCUAGCCCAGAACUCCAAAGAGAGAAACCAGAGCCACGAAAUCAGAAGCGAGCCCAGGGCCGAGGCGAAGCAGGCACAGGAACAGGUCCUGGAGCUCAAGCAGGACCUAGUGCCAAGCGGGCAGUGCACCUCCGGGGGGUUCCUGAAGGGGAGGCCUCUAGGGGCAGCCCAGGUCCUCGAGGUGAUGGCUCUCCCUCUUUAGCAGAACCCACAGUUAAGCCUGUUUCAGCAGAGCCUGAGGCAUCUGUUGGGGAGCCAGAGCAGUCAUCCUUGAUAGCCCAUCAUACUCAACAGUCCAGUCAGGAGGAAAAUCAAGCCUCUUCUCUAGAGAAUCCCCAGGGAGGGGAGAAGAUGCUACCACACCAGAAUGAGAUAGCCUGCCCAGCCCUCUCCCAGGGUAGAGAAGAGGACCAGAAUAAGGAGGAGGUAGCAACAACUUCAGAAGCUACACCUGAUGUCUGCACAGAACUCAAGCCAGAGCCAGAGCCUGAACCUGAGCCUGAGCCCAUGGUAAUACUGACAUUUGUGAAGAAUGACUCCUAUGAGAAGGGUCCAGAUUCGGUGGUUGUACAUGUUUAUGUAAAGGAGAUCUGCCGGAAGACGUCCCGAGUACUGUUUCGUGAACAGGAUUUCACUUUGGUUUUCCAGACCAAUGAUAUGAACUUUCUGCGGCUGCACCCAGACUGCGGACCACAUACUAUCUUCCGAUGGCAGGUGAAGCUCAGGAACAUGAUUCAGCCAGAGCAGUGUGUGUAUCACUUCACUUCUUCACGAAUAGACAUCUGCCUCAGGAAGCGGCAGAGUCAGCGCUGGGGGGGCCUUGAGGCCCCAGCCACACGAGGUGCAGUGGGUGGUGCAAAGGUUGCCAUGCCGACAGGCCCAACUCCCCUGGAUGCAGCCCCACCAGGUGGCUCCCCUCUGGCCAGCCAGGAAGAGACUCGAGUUGGGGAGAAGGAAAAGGUGAAGACUCGGACUGAAGAAUCAGGGCUGGACAGUGUAGCAGUCCGUACUCCACCAGAGCAUGUGUCCCUGAAGCCAGAGCCCCCUCUCACCUCGCCCAAGCCCACAUGCAUGGUCCCUCCCAUGCCUCACAGCCCCAUGAGCAGUGAGAGCGUGGAAGAGGAGGAGGAAGAAGAGAAGAAGGUAUGCUUGCCUGGUUUCACAGGCCUUGUCAACUUGGGCAACACCUGCUUCAUGAAUAGUGUCAUCCAGUCCUUGUCAAAUACUCGAGAACUUCGAGACUACUUCCAUGAUCGUUCAUUUGAGGCAGAGAUAAACUACAGCAAUCCUCUAGGCACAGGUGGACGACUGGCCAUUGGCUUUGCAGUGUUGUUGCGAGCACUAUGGAAAGGCACCCACCAUGCCUUCCAGCCCUCCAAGCUGAAGGCCAUUGUGGCAAGCAAGGCCAACCAGUUCACUGGCUAUGCUCAGCAUGAUGCCCAGGAGUUCAUGGCUUUCUUGUUGGAUGGGCUGCAUGAGGACUUGAACCGAAUCCAGAAUAAACCCUAUACGGAGACUGUAGAUUCUGAUGGACGUCCUGAUGAGGUAGUUGCUCAGGAGGCAUGGCAACGGCACAAAAUGAGGAAUGACUCGUUCAUUGUCGAUCUGUUCCAAGGACAGUACAAGUCAAAACUGGUGUGCCCUGUGUGUUCCAAGCUCUCCAUCACCUUCGACCCAUUCCUGUACCUGCCUGUCCCCCUGCCUCAGAAGCAGAAAGUGCUCACUGUGUACUACUUUGCCAAGGAGCCACACAAGAAGCCUGUCAAGUUCCUGGUGAGCAUCAGCAAGGAGAACUCCAGUGCUAUGGAGGUGCUUGACUCCCUGGCCCAAAGUGUUCAUGUGAAGCCUGAAAGCCUUCGACUGGCUGAGGUGAUUAAGAACCGAUUUCACCGUGUAUUCCUGCCAUCACAUUCACUGGACACUGUCUCUCCUACUGAUCUGCUCCUUUGCUUUGAAGUGCUGUCCCCAGAACUGGCCAAGGAGCGGGUGGUAGUCCUUCAGGUGCAGCAGCGUCCUCAAGUACCCAGUGUCCCCAUUGCCAAGUGUGCUGCCUGCCAGAAGAAGCAGCAGUCUGAAGAUGAGAAAUUGAAGCGUUGUACCCGCUGUUACCGUGUUGGUUACUGCAACCAGGUUUGUCAAAAGACUCAUUGGCCAGAUCACAAAGGCCUGUGCCGUCCAGAGAAUAUUGGCUUCCCCUUCUUCAUCAGUGUCCCUGAGUCCCGCCUCACCUAUGCUCGCCUGGCUCAGCUCCUGGAGGGCUAUGCUCGGUAUUCUGUGAGUGUGUUCCAGCCACCCUUCCAACUAGGCCGUGUAUCACCAGAACAGAGCCCUCAGGUGCUAAGCAGCUCUACACCCCCUGUGCCAAGCACUUUGGAGGCAGGGGAUGGGGACCGGGACUUAAGACCCUCACCAGAAUCCCAGGCGUCCCCUACAGUGGCUGAGCUUGGUGACACAGGUUCCUCAAGGAGCCGGGCACCCUCUGAACGGAAUUCUGUGCCCAGUCUUGACACAGGCCUCUCAGAGUCAACAGUCAGCAUACCUGGUGAAGGAGGAUUUUCCAAAGACACUGUUGGGGAGAGGUUGCUCAGGCCUGAAGCUGCUGUCCCAGGCUACCAGCACUCAGCUGAUGUCCUGAGUGCCCAUCCACCCCCAUUUUUUAUCAACAAAAUUGAUUCUACCAACAAGGAGCAAAAACUAGAAGACAAAGGUGAAACCCCCUUGGAAUUGGGUGAUGACUGCAGCUUGGCUUUGGUUUGGAAGAACAACGAAAGGCUGAAGGAGUUUGUGCUUGUUGGCUCCAAAGAGCUUGAGUGUGUUGAGGACCCCAGCUCAGCCAGUGAGGCAGCCAGGGCUGGCCACUUUACUCUGGAGCAGUGUCUCAAUCUCUUCACCAAACCUGAGGUGUUAGCCCCAGAAGAAGCCUGGUACUGUCCCAAGUGUAAGCAACAUAGGGAGGCAUCCAAGCAGCUGAUGCUGUGGCGCCUUCCAAACGUGUUCAUUAUCCAGCUGAAGCGCUUCUCCUUCCGAAGCUUCAUCUGGAGGGAUAAAAUCAAUGACAUGGUGGAAUUCCCUGUCAGGAACCUGGACUUGAGCAAGUUUUGCAUAGGCCAGAAGGAUGAUCGGCAGCUUCCAACUUAUGACCUGUAUGCAGUCAUCAACCACUAUGGGGGCAUGAUAGGAGGCCAUUACACUGCUUAUGCCCGCCUGCCUAGUGACAAGAACAGCCAGCGGAGUGAUGUGGGCUGGAGACUAUUUGAUGACAGCACAGUGACCAUAGUAGAUGAAAGCCAGGUAGUGACCCGCUAUGCCUAUGUCCUCUUCUACCGUCGGCGAAACUCUCCUGUAGAGAGGCCUCCAAGGACCCCUUCCACUGACCACCACCCUGAUCUGGGGCCAGCUACUGAGGCGGCCACCAGCCAGGCUUCCCGGAUCUGGCAGGAACUGGAAGCAGAGGAAGAGCUGGGGCCAGAGGCCUCAGGACGUCUGGGCCACUGGGGGCCUCGAGGCUGGGCAGCCCCACCGAGGCGGGCCCCUGACGCACCAGAUGAGGGCUGUCUCCGCUACUUCGUCCUGGGCACCAUGGCUGCCCUGGUGGCACUCGUCCUCAAUGUAUUCUAUCCAUUGGUGUCCCAGAGCAGAUGGAGAUGAGUUGCCUGCUUUGUAGGCUGGCCCUCUGGGGAGUGGAUUUGGACCCCCAUUGUGGACUUGGGGCCCUGGUUGUGUUCAUUACAUUUUGUCUCAGGGCUGCCUGCCAGCCUCCCCCCAAGGAGAGAAUAGGCUUCUGCCCAGCCAAUUCCUCAUGUCUUAGACCCUGAGCUAUGUCCCUGGACCACCUGCCUGUUGGGCCCUACCUUUAGCCCAAGGCCAUAAGCAUAAUCCUGAGGUUACAGGGAUUCCAUUCUCCCUUCUUGCCUUCCAUCUCUGAGGCCCAACCCCAGAUCCUUCUUUCCCUUUCCAUGAUCCCAAUUCCCAAGCUACUUAAUUUAAUGUAUUAAUUAAUUUAUUGUAUUUAAUGUGUCAAUAAAGUGAAAUUGUUCCCAGGCUCAGUG